ACAGCCGCUAAAUAUCGCUCAAUGCUUUGUUCCAUUUGUUUAAAAUAUAUUAUUUUGUUCGCUAUAUUCUGAAAAUUUUCAAGAAUCAAGUAAUUUAUAAUGGAGUUUCUAGAAUAUAACGAUGUAAAAGCUGAAAUCAAAGGCUCUAUGGUACCAGGCAGAUUAAAAAUGACCGACCAAAACAUAGUAUUUAAAAAUAGCAAAACUGGCAAAGUGGAACAAAUAUCAGCAAAUGAUAUUGAACUGGUUAACUUUCAAAAGUUCAUUGGUUCUUGGGGAUUGAGAGUUUUUCUCAAAAAUGGCACUCUACACAGAUAUGGAGGUUUCAAAGAGGGGGAACAAGAAAAAGUGGCGAAAUUCUUCAAAAAUAACUACAACAAAGACAUGUUGGAGAAGGAACUUUCUCUCAAGGGCUGGAACUGGGGUACGGCUAAAUUUAACGGUGCAGUGCUGAGCUUCAAUGUCGGCUCCAACACAGCCUUUGAAAUCCCCCUGCAUUAUGUAUCACAGUGUAAUACUGGCAAGAAUGAGGUCACACUUGAAUUCCAUCAGAAUGAUGAUACUCCAGUGUCACUGAUGGAGAUGAGGUUCCACAUACCAACUAACGAGCUGGCCGGAGACAUGGAUGCUGUGGAGGCCUUCCACCAGCAGGUCAUGAAUAAGGCCAGCGUCAUAUCUGUCUCUGGAGACGCUAUUGCCAUCUUCAGAGAACUCCAAUGUCUCACACCUCGUGGUCGCUACGACAUCAAAGUGUUCCAAACGUUCUUCCAGCUUCACGGUAAAACAUUCGAUUACAAAAUUCCAAUGUCAACAGUAUUGCGUCUCUUUCUACUUCCCCACAAGGAUACGAGACAGAUGUUCUUUGUGGUGUCACUGGAUCCACCGAUCAAGCAGGGGCAGACCAGAUAUCAUUUCCUGGUUCUGCUAUUUGGUAUAGAAGAGGAGACGAGCUUGGAACUACCAUUCACAGAAGAGGAACUGAAAGAGAAAUAUGAAGGUAAAAUAACGAAAGAAUUGUCAGGACCCACAUAUGAGGUGCUUGCUAAAAUCAUGAAGGUCAUCAUAAACAGAAGAGUCACUGGACCAGGAGAUUUCUUGGGUCAUCACAAGACCCCUGCUAUAGCUUGUUCAUACAAAGCGGCGGCGGGCUAUCUGUAUCCGUUGGAGAAAGGUUUCAUAUACGUCCACAAGCCGCCCGUACAUAUACGCUUCGAGGAGAUCGCGUCUGUCAACUUCGCGAGAGGAGGCGCUUCGUCUACCAAGUCCUUCGAUUUUGAAAUCGAGCUCAAACAAGGAAGCGUUCACACAUUCAGCAGUAUUGAGAAGGGAGAGUAUGACAAGCUCUUUGACUACAUUACCUCAAAGAAACUACAUGUCAAGAAUACUGGCAAGAACGACAAGGCGUUAUACGACGACGACUUCGGCGACUCCGACACUGAGAAGGAGCCUGACGCGUACCUCGCGCGUGUCAAGGCGGAGGCGAAAGAACGCGACUCGGGCGACAGCGACAGCGACGAGAGUACUGACGAAGACUUUAACCCGGAUAAGGCGAAUGAGAGCGACGUUGCUGAGGAAUAUGACACAAAUCCGUCUUCAUCAGAAGACUCAGAUGCGUCAGGCGGCUCGACCUCUAGCAAAAAGGAGAAGAAAAAGGAGAAAAAGCCAAAGAAAGCGGUUACUGUGUCGGAAACGCCACGCAAACGCAAAGAAAAGUCCAAGAAACGCGAGAAAGACGCCAACGCGCCAAAACGACCGGCGACUGCUUUUAUGCUGUGGCUGAACGAGAAUAGACGGUCCAUACUCGACGAAAACCCCGGCAUCAAAGUGACAGAAGUAGCCAAGAAGGGAGGCGAGUUGUGGCGAGACUUGACCGAUAAGUCGGAAUGGGAAGAAAAGGCAAGCAAGGCGAAAGAGGAAUAUAACCAAGCGAUGAAGAAAUACAAAGACAGCGGCGCGGCGGACGAAUUCAAACAGAAGAAGAAACAAGCUGAUAAGGAAAAGAAGGCAGCGGAGAGAAAGAAAGGAGCCGCUGCCAGCAAGAAAGCUAAGAACACCUCCGCCGGUUCCGGUUCUGGCAACUUCAAGAGCAAAGAGUACAUCGAUGAUGAUGACAGCUCCUCCGACUCUGACAGCGGGAAAAAGAAGGAAACCAAGAAGGACACGAAGAAGGAUAGCAAAGAGAGCAAAGAAUCUAAGAAGUCGAAGAAAUCGUCAUCAGAAGCGUCUUCGGGCUCCGGCGAAGAGAGUGGGAGCGGGAGCGGCAGCGGCAGUGAUUAGA